AUGAUAUCUCUUCUUUCUUUCUGUCUAUUUUGUCAUUUUAUUUUAACUCUUUCUGUAUUUUUUUCUUUUUAUUUUAUUAUAUCUCUUUACUUUCUUUCUUUCUUUCUUUCUUUCUUUCUUUCUUUCUUUCUUUCUGACGAUUUUGUCAGUUUAUUCAAUCUCCUUUCUUUCUUUCUUUCUUUCUUUCUUUCUUUCUUUCUUUCUGACGAUUUUGUCAGUUUAUUCAAUCUCCUUUCUUUCUUUCUUUCUUUCUUUCUUUCUUUAUUUCUUUCUUUCUUUCUUUUUUCUUUCUUUCUGACGAUUUUGUCAGUUUAUUCAAUCUCCUUUCUUUUCUUUCUUUUUCUUUCUUUCUUUCUUUCUGACGAUUUUGUCAGUUUAUUCAAUCUCCUUUCUUUCUUUCUUUCUUUCUUUCUUUCUUUCUUUCUGACGAUUUUGUCAGUUUAUUCAAUCUCCUUUCUUUCUUUCUUUCUUUCUUUCUUUCUUUCUUUCUUUCUUUCUUUCUUUCUUUCUUACGAUUUUGUCAGUUUAUUCAAUCUCCUUUCUUUCUUUCUUUCUUUCUUUCUUUCUUUCUUUCUGACGAUUUUGUCAGUUUAUUCAAUCUCCUUUCUUUCUUUCUUUCUUUCUUUCUUUCUUUCUUUCUUUCUUUCUUUCUUUCUGACGAUUUUGUCAGUUUAUUCAAUCUCUUUUCUUUCUUUCUUUCUUUCUUUCUUUCUUUCUUUCUUUCUUUCUUUCUUUCUUUCUUAUAACAUCCGUUCAAGUUUUUCUCUAUAA